CCACAGGCUGCUUCUCCUCCGGUUGUACCGGUUCUAAUGCAUCGUGAGUUGUUGUAUUCGGUAACUUCAACAUGCGAUAAUCCUCUUGGCUGACUCAUUGCUCAUCGUGAGUUGUUGUAUUCGGUAACUGGCUGACUCCAGUUCUUUGAGCACAUGAAGCGCCUCCCUUUCUUUAACCACGAGCUCAUUCUCUAGUUGCCAAGUCUGCUCCUCCAGGUUGACUCAUUGCUCAUCUGCAGUCCCCACCACACACUGAUUAUGUUUCUGCCCAGGAACAAACAAAAUUGAUCAGGAUGACACACGAAUCUAACCACAUAAAAAAGAAGGACAGUCGCUCUGGCCUAACUAAUUGAAUGAAUUGUGAACAAACACAAAGUCCAAGGCGGGGUGCAGAGAUAUGCAUGUACUGAGUAGUUAGGACCUGAUGGUAAACCGGGACAAGAUUAGCGGCGGCAAAGAGAUAGGAGGAGGGGCUCUCCGUGAACGCCGCCGGUGAACGUACGUCCACACGCGCAUGAAACUCCGUGGCAAGCAAAUAAAUUGUCUAGGUCGGUUGUGUCGGCCCAUUGUCCACGCCCCCAUCCGGUGGUGGUGGGAGCGAGGUCAAGAUCAGGAAUCCCCCCCUUCGGACAUAGCUGAGAUGGCGUGAGGCUGGCUGAGCGCACGAAGACACCGAGAGCAGCAGCGUAUGGCGUUGGCGCCUUGCGCAGAAGAUCACCGGCGUAGCGGGUGGCUGCAGGUGUGGCCUGCGACAUGGUCAUUGUAGGACGGUGUCGAGGCAGGGAAAAGAGAAAAUCAACAGGUUAGUUGACUUGGGGGUGGCAUAUUCUGUAAUUGUUUCAAGUUUAGGGACAAUUUCUGGACAACUUACCAACCGCCAAGUCCUGUUUCAAUUUAAUACUCCUCCAUCCAUGAAGGUUGUUUCAGAUUUGUUAAAAUUUAAAUGUAUCUAGAUGCUAUUUAGUCUCUAGAUACAUCCAAAUUUUAACACUCGGACAAUCUUCGUGGGACGGAGGGAGUAGUAAAGAAGAUUUUCGAGAGCUAGCUCUAGCUGACCAAUCAAUGGAUUGGUGCCGCCACGAUGCCUUACUCCACAGAAGCAUUUCCUCUGCUUGGUCGAAUCUAGCUUCCUUCGAUCUUUUCUUGCUCCUCUACCGCCUAUGCCAGCUAUAGCUUCAGCUCGAUCAACUGUUGUCUAUUGUCAAUGGAUCACUUGCAAAGAAGAAGAGAAGGCUAGGGCUUUAAGUACACUGGAACUCACUUCGUUGGCUUGUCACACAUCCGUGAAGUAGGGUUGAGAUUAAAUUGCACUAGGGCUGGACUCGACCUCAAGAAAGCUUCCACCAAAUAAUCAAAAAGUUUUUUUAAAGGGCAUUGACACGCUUGCACAAAUUUUGGAAAGGGCAACUGAUCAUAGCUUGCUACACAAGUUGAAAGGUCGUGGAAACAUCAUUAGGACUUCGCUAUAUGCGGAUGAUGCGGCUAUCUUUGUGGCUCCGGUCAAAGAGGAUAUUCAAAACCUUGCUUGCAUCCUCCAUAACUUCGGAAAGGUCACCGGGCUAUCCACAAACUUCCUCAAAACCUCCGUGGUACCCAUUAGGUGUGCCAACCUUGACCUCGAGGACAUCCUUCAUGGAAUCCCGGCGAAAAGGGAGUCCUUCCCGAUUCGGUAUCUUGGGCUCCCCCUUACGGUUAGGUGCCUCAAGAGGGGAGACAUCCAACACCUUGAGGAUAAAUGUGCCGGGAAGCUACCCACUUGGAAUGGGAAAUACAUCACCACGGUCGGACGGGCCGCUCUUGUCAAGUCCGUCAUUGCCUCUCAAGCGAUUUACUACCUUACCCCACUAUCUAUCCCAGCAAGCACUAUCACCUUCAUCAACAAGAUCGAGCGUGCGUUCCUUUGGGCCGGGAAGGACCACACCAGGGGGCUAAGUGCAAGGUGAAUUGGGAAAUGGUUUGUCGGCCUAAAAAAUAUGGGGGCCUUGCAUUUUGCACACCGACAAAUUUGCGACGGCUCUUCGCCUCCGGUGGCCAUGGCUAGAGUGGAAGGACCCCAACAAAAUUUGGAGGGGAUCCGGGAACCCUUACACGGAACAAGACAUGGAUUUAUUCUAUACCGCCACUUGCAUCACGGUUGGAAAUGGGAAAAAGACCCCCUUUUGGCAUGCUCCUUGGCUUGAGGGAAAAAGGCCAAUCGACAUUGCGCCAUUGAUCUUUGCCUCUUCUAAGAGGAAAAAUUGGAAGGUUGCACAAGCCUUGCAUGAUAGUGCAUGGGUUCAAAAGAUUGUCUUCAAUCAUGAAUUCUCCCUCGACCACCUAUCCCAAUUUGUGGAGCUUUGGAACCUCAUACAAAAUUUCCAUCUCGAUGACAACAUCGAGGAUGAUAUCUCGUGGAGGCUCACUGAAGAUGGGCAAUACAAUACCAAAUCCGCUUAUGAGGUGCAAUUCCUUGGGUCCACUAUCUCAACUCUCCACAAGUCGGUUUGGAAGAAUUGGGCCCCUCCCAAGAUCAAGUUUUUCAUUUGGCUUGUUUACCAAAAUAGGAUUUGGACGGCCGACCGUUUGGCCAAGCGCGGAUGGCCGAAUUGUGGUCUUUCCCCCUUUGCAAAUGUUGCAUCGAGUCCGCCGACCACCUUUUCGUGCAUUGCCGCUUCACCUUGCGGUUAUGGAACAAAGCUAAGAAGUGGUUGGGCCUCCAUGCGCUUCGCACAAACAAUUGGGCGGACCUCUCUUUUCCGGAAUGGUGGAAUAUAUCGACCUCGGGUAAUGGACGAAGAGGGCUGGCCAGGCUUUUUAUGCUCAUCAUUUGGGAGGUUUGGAAUGAGCGAAACGAUAGGGUAUUCAAGAACAAGCAAGCACUGAUACAAAUCAUCUUCGAUAGGGUAAAAAAAAGAGGCACGUCUUUGGGUUCUUGCCGGUGCGAAACAUUUGGGCCAUUUGAUGCCGGGAGAGUAAUACUCUUUUGUAAUAAUAGUCUUUUAUUUUCUUGUAAACUCCUUGCUUAAUCAAUGAAAUGGGCAAACUUUUGCCCUCGUCUAAAAAAAAAGUGUUUUAAAAAAAACUUCCACCACUUCAGAAGCGUCACUUUUGACGUUAGCAAGCUAGGGUACUUCUUGAUCUCCGUCUUAGAAGGGGAGGAUGAUCAUCAAACAUAGUGGAUCUGGCAGUGGCUAAAAGAAGAUGAGCCGUCAAAAGUCAAUGCCGAGCAGUGGUGAUCGACCACCAUCCACCGGUUGGGCAGAGACAAUUGGGAAAGCGGGUCAAUGCUGGAGGAGCAAGAGGACAAAACUGUAGAGAAAAGGUGAAAAGGCACUAGACAAGCCAAAACUGCCAAAGUUAACCAUGUCGAGUUUGCUAAUGCAACUCUGCAAGUGAAAACAGGAGGGAUAAAUGCGUCUUUCAUCGAAAGGCUGCAAACUAGUUCUUAUACGUUAUCGAGCUUGAAGAUGGUGAAAAAACUAUUGACGCGCAAGUGGCAGCUGGCUGAUAAUGCACGUAGUGGUCACCUGAAACUAGCAGUCAUUAAGCGAGUUGUUUUAGCGCUACGUGUGGUGGUGGGAUGGGUUCUAGCGCUAGUUCACAGUGUGUUGUUGGUGUUCUGCAUUUCCUUCGGCAUGUGUCUCAUUGUCUUUGGGGUGCUCAUCACCAUUUCGCUUUCGAUCUACGGUUUAGUGAAACACGAUUAUUACCGUGACACGGCUGAGGGCAGAACAAAUAUGUACCAAGCGCAUAACGUCUUGUACAUCCUGUGUGUGGCCCAAUGUGCCUUGUUCCUAUAUAGAUUCCUCUUGUUGCUAUGUGAGAAGAGGAUAGUGGACCAAGUGAGCCAAGCAUACGGCUUCCAAGAUGGUGAUCGUGCAGUUUGGGGCUACUGUCAACAAAUAAGGUCGGAUUGCAUAAGAAAGCCAUCCUCCGUUAGAGAAAGGAACCUCAUCACUUAUGCGAUAGAACUCAUGGAGUCCAAGUCGCCUAGUAGCUUCCUUUCCGGGACGCUGAUACUGGACAGACUACUCACCAGACAACAUUUGGACAAGAUAAAAGCCCCUGAUUUGAUUGAACAUGAAGAAGAGCAGCAGCAUCAAAUAGAUUUUGUGGACAAGACUAGAGCUCAUCUGAUUAAAAAGGAGAAGACGGAGAAGAGGGAGGAGAGGAGAAAGAAUGUGGAAGAGAGGAAGAUGACGAAAGUGGGAGACAUGAAGAAGAUAAAGGAAAGGAGAAAGAAGAAACAUCAGCAAACGGAGGACGAGAUCAUUGUGCAGCAGUGUAGGGUGAUAAGGCAGCUUUUAGGCUCUGCAUCCGCCACCCACAUUCUCCAAAAACUGCUUGAAACACUGGAUUCAAGACACUCAUAUGACAAAAAGAUGAGGGGAGCCGCUGCGAGGAUAGUGGAUCAUGUUGCCGACAGGAUUCGUUUAGACCAGUUCCCGCGAGGAAUUCAAUCGAUAUCUUCACUCAUCAACUCCUUCGAAGAAUACUAUCAACUCCGACCACGUCAAUCAGUAUCAUCACUGUCACUAAGCACAGACGACACCACCACAAGGCCUCCAGCUUCGUCAAACACAAAGAGAUAUCAUGAUCAAGAAGAACAAGGAAGCAGCAACACUUCGUUGUUUGAUACAGAAUCAGAGUACUCAGAAUCAGACUCGGACAGCGAUGUCGAUCAUUCAUCACCUGAGGCGCUCCAUGGCUACAAAGAAAUGGUCUUGACUGGUUUAAGUAUCCUUUGGAGCCUCGCGGGCAGUGAGGACAACUGUGUGAUCAUAAGCAACACCAAAAAUCUUGUCUCCAAGAUCAUGGUACCUGUUAGCUGCAACCUAAUGCACCGCGCAGGUCAUACUGAAUGGUCUACCAAGGUUUCAGAGAGAUCACUGGGGGUGAUGCUUCGGCUGAUUGUGACAGCCAAGGGAGACACUAGGGCCGACCUGCAUCAACAGAUCACAAGCGACAAGGGGCCAAUCACCACCAUGGAAAGAAUUGUUACCUGUGAAGGAUGUAAAGGCGGAGAGCUGCACAUGAAGGCCAUGCAGAUCCUCACGCAGUUAUGCAUGGACAAAACUGAAAACAGAGGUAAUCUAACGAAGAUGCUCAUAAGAAUCUUCGUUAAUGGUGAUAGCAGCGAUGACUCCAUCAGAAAGACUACAGGUGAAACACUGGUUGUGCUGUUCCUUAGCACCAAAAGUGUUGGCUCCCUCCUGACCAAGGAAGAAAAUGAUAAGUUUGUCGGUGAUCUUGCUAAAAUACUUUUACAAGUUGGGGACAACGACACAUGCAGUAAAAGUGCAGCAGAAAUUCUGGAGCAUCUGUAUAUACAGUACACCGGGAAUAAACUACUCAAGAAUACUAUAAAGGAUUUGAUGCCAAAGGUGCUGAGAGAAAUACUAUCUGGGUGGACAGGAGAAGAAGGAAAUCCCGGUUAUACAACAUCAAGUACUGACAUCGAAAGCCAAGUCACCAACAACAACGACAAGAACAAUAAAAAAUGUAUUUCCCGCUCUUCUGGGCAAAAGAAACAUCACAAGUUGUAUGUUGCCAUGCUAUCCCUCUGUGUGACGGCAUGUGAGAAACUAAACCUCGAUAUCAAUGCCAUUUCGGUGGGAGAAAAAGACCAAGAAGAUAAAGGAGAACACGUUGCGUUCAGGUUUGCGAUUAAGAUGGUGCAAAAAAACAGGUAUCUCAUCACCCCCGAGAGCCUGAAAGCUAUGAAGCUUACCACUAGGAUGGUGAUAGCAGAAAUAAAGAAACUCAGUGGCCAUGGCACUGUCGUCGAACGAGCUGAUCUGGAGAGCCUCAUGGUCUUGCUGUCCAGCGUAUCAGAGGCCAUGUUGGAUAUCGAGAGUUCCAUGAUUUUCAUCACCGGAACGACGACACUGCCUGCUACUACCGACACCCUUGAUUCCCUCGUGAAAAAAGCACAGGAACUCCAUGGAAAAACAAAGAACCCAGAGUCAGAAAUAGUGACAUCUAGCUAGCACAGUGCACACAAAGCUAAAAUAUUUGUCAUGGAUUUUCUUCAGACUUCUUUUUAUGAGAUAUGGAUUGCGUCAACUCAUUCGCCCUUACUGCACUUGUACCAUGUUUCAAGCAUGUCAUGUGUGACUGUGUGAGCACAUUAAAAUUUCUUUUCUUUGGUAUUCAAGUGAUGGAAACUACUCUCUCAAAGUCUG